AUGGACGAAGACCAUCAAGACCUUGCAGAAACAACUACAUCCUUCACUGGAAACUCGGACAUAUGCCAACAACUCCUAGACCGGUACGCCCACUCAACCGCUCCGCAACACCGCCAUCUAUGCGCCACCGCUGCCGCCAUCCGAUCCAUCAUUCAAUCUUCUGAACUCCCCCUCACCCCAGUCUCCUACUUUGCAGCAACAAUUACUUCUCUCUCCAAUUCGAAGUCCCUAGACUCCACCGCUUUGGCUGCCUUAACCUCUUUCUUAUCCAUCGUGCUUCCUCUCGUUCAUAAAGGCGAGAUUAAGGAGGAGAAAGCGGCAGAGGCUGUUGGGUUUUUGGUCGAAAUAGUGGAGGGAAGUAACGGUAGUUUGGGGACUUCAAGCGUCAGGGCAGUGGUGAAAUGUGUCGGUGUAUUGGCUGCCGAAUUUUGCGAUUCAAACGAUUGGAACUCAGUGAAGCUCGGUUUGGAGUGGCUCCUAAAACUCUCUCUUGAUAAGCGCCCGAAGGUGAGGAAAUGUGCUCAAGAUUGUGUUUUGACGGUUUUCAAGUCAUUUGAAUCGUCUGCUGCGAUCAAGAAGGCAAGUAAAUCAGUUUACUCACUGCUUAAUGAGCACAUGAGUUUGGCCAUCAAAAUGACUGUUUCAAAGAGUGUAGAUGGAUUUAAAGAUGAUACCAUGUCAAGGCCCGAAUGUCAAGAAGUUCUUCAUUUGCUGAAUGUGAUAAAACACGUGGUUCCAUAUCUCUCUGUCAAGAUGCGCAGCAAAGUUCUUUCACAAUUAUCGAAGACUAUGAGCCCUCAGUUUUCAGCAUUGACAAGACACAUCUUUGAUGUUAUUUCUGUGAUAUUUGAAACUUCAGGAACUGAUGUUAUACUUCCUUGUGCUGAAGAUAUCAUUAAUUUGCUUGUAUCCUACAUAUCUCUGGGAGACAAGAACCCAGCUGACACUUCAUUGUUUGCUGCAACUUUGGUCAAAACUGUUUUGUGCAAACUUCAAGAUGGUGAUGUAAAAGAAUGGACGGUUUAUCUACCUAUGGUAACUGAAUCCAUUUCAGGUCUUCUGUCUGCUGAGGCUGAUACUGCUUUAAAGGCUUCCAAUAUAUUCAAAGAACUGAUAAACUGCCUUAUUGAUGGCAAACACUUCUCAACCAUCAAAAACCAGGGAAUAGAAGAUGAAGUAAUCCACAGUGACGAAUUUGAGGCUAUAAAAACUACGUGUGCAGUCUUCUAUAAUGCACUAAGUACUUCCUCUUGUUUUCCAAAUGAGCACUUUUUGGCAGCAAUAUCCUUUUUGUUCCUCAAACUUGGUGAGAUCUCAGACAUGUUUACGAAGGAUAUAGUUCUUAAACUUGCUGACUUGAUGAAUGUUGCAUCUGGAAGUGCAUUAGAUAUAGAACAUCUUCAAGAUUGCAUUGGAUCUGCCAUUGUUGCUAUGGGGCCAGAGAAAUUAAUUGGAUUGCUUCCUAUCUCGCUCGGUGCAAAGGAUCUUUCUUGUUCAAAUACUUGGCUGAUACCUAUUUUGAAGAAAAAUAUUGUCGGGUCGUCCUUGGGGUUCUUCAUGUCCCAUAUUAUACCUCUGGCUGAAUCCUUCCAAAAGGCAUCAUGUAAAGUUAAAAAGACAGUAAUUGGCCAAGAUCUGCAGGCUUAUGCCCGUGGAUGUUGGGAAUUGUUGCCUGCCUUCUGUUGCAAACCAAUUGAUACUAGUCAGAAUUUUGGAGCUUUGGCUAAACUUCUGAUUCCUUUUCUCAAGAAAGACUCAUCCAUGCUUGAAGAUAUUGUCAUUAGUUUGCAGGAACUAGUCAAUCAAAAUAAAAGUGCACUUACGUCUGAUCAUGGUUCUGAAGGGCAGACAAAAGUUCAAAACACAGGACUCGCUGAAAGUAUUGCGGUGGAUCUUAAAAGUAGACAUUUUUACUCGAAAAGGACAGCAAGUAGAAAUAUAAAGGCUUUGGCUUCGGGCUCCAAAGAGUUGCUUCAGGCUUUAACUAAUGUCUUGUUUAAGACACAUCCAGACAAGCACAGACAUCUGAAGGGCGCAAUUGAAUGCUUUGCAUCCAUAACUGAUUCUUCAGUAACAACACAGAUCUUUAUUGCUUCACUCGAGAAAUUUCAGCUCAUAGAAGAUAUCUGUGAACGUGGAAAACUGGAGUCUGGGACUAAUGGCUCAGCAGAUGUAGAAGACAGUGAUGCAACUUCAAUAAAAAAAGAUGCCAAUAGGUGUCGGAUUCUGGAUCUUGCAUCAUGCUUUGUUGAUGGAUCCAGUGAAGAUCUAGUCAAGCUAAUCUAUUCCGUUAUUAGACGUGCUUUACAGGCAACUGGUGAGGUUGGCCAUGUUGAAGCAUAUCAAACUCUGAGCAGAAUAUUAGAGAAACAUUCAUGGUUCCGAUCUUCACAUUUUGUUGAAGUAACAGAUUUGUUAAUUGGCAUGAAGAGUAAUAUUACAUCACUUAAAAGUCGUUUUGCCUGCUUCCGGAUCUUGUUGGUUCAUGCAAUAAUGAGCAAUGUGGAUGAGGACAACACAAAGGCUUUCCUUAUUCUGAAUGAAAUCAUACUUGCAUUGAAAGAUUCUGAUGAAGAAGGUAGGAAAGCAUCUUAUGAUGUUCUAAAUGGGAUAAAUUCUGAAUUGAGGAACUCGUCAAAUGCUACCUCUGAUGGACCGUAUCGCAAAGUAAUUUCCAUGAUCAUGGGAUAUCUUUCUGGUUCAUCUCCCCAUAUAAAGAGUGGAGUGGUGGCUGCACUCUCAGUAUUCGUUUACAAUGACCCAAACAUCUGUCUUUUGAUGCCUGAUAUAGUCCCCUCAGUUCUGGAGUUGCUACAUAGCAAAUCUGUUGAGGUUACAAAAGCUGUUUUGGGCUUUGUGAAAGUAUUGGUUUCAUGUCUUCAAGCCAAUGACCUGCAACAUUUCCUCUGUGACAUUGUCAAUGGAAUUCUUCCUUGGUCAUCUAUCUCCCGCCACCAUUUUAGAUCAAAGAUUACAGUCAUAUUGGAGAUCAUGAUGAGGAAGUCAGGUUCUGGAACAAUUAAGGCUCUCGUACCUGAAAAAUAUAAGCAUUUUGUCCUAGGUGUUAUAGAGAAUCGGCAUGGAAAGACAAGUUCUAAGGUAGCUGAAACCACAGAGAGUAGACCAGAAAUUUCAGAUUCGACUCCCAAGUGGCACCAGAAACGGAAAUUUGUGGGAUCUGCAAUUUCAUCAAAGGAAGAAGGUUCCAGAGGUCCGAAAAGGACGAGGGACAAGAUACAGGAUGCUGGGAAGUCAUUUAAGAGAGUUGGAGAUUUUAAUCACGAUCAUCUCAAAAGGGGCAAGUCAAACCAACCUCAAGGAGGUAAAACAGGUGCAAGGAAAAAUACGGAGAGGACAAAAAUGAAGCAGAAAAAUGAAGGGAACAUUCUUAGACCUCACAACGCAUUCAAAAAUUCCAAGCACAAAAAGGCUGGGAAGAAACAACAGAAAAUCGAUUGA